CCUUGUCCCCGGUCCCCCUCACAAUACUCUUUUUGUGCGCUGGGCCAUUGGUCCCCGAGGCUCUUGGAUCUUUGUUGGACGUUCUUUAUUCUUGCGUAUUUGGCUAUUAUAAUUGUGCCCCCCCCCCGAGAAUAGUAACUGGAAGUUGCGCAUUCAUUCUCCAGUGGCCCCGCCGGGUGCCAGCAGAUCUUGCCUAGUCAUUCUCGGAUAUCAGCGACAAACGAAUGUGUAGGGAAUAGAGGACUUCACUUUUACUUUUACUUUUUAUUAUACGAAAUAAGUUCCACAAGGCUCAGGAAAGUGGUUCGCCUAUAUAUGUGUUCACAAUGCCUCCAUGGAUAACUGAAGAAGACGACGAAGACGUCGAACAUGGCUAUAUCACUCCACAACUGUCGUUUACACCGCCUUCCCCCCGUGGAUCUGACGACGACUCGGAGCAGGAUGAUCCAAGCCCAUCACCGGAGUUUCCUGUGGAAAUAUCCGAUUUCUCCCCAGAGGAUGACUCCCUCGUUGAACUAAUUGAUACUGCCCUUGAUUUACAAUCGAAACCUCAAAAGAAGAUCCUCCACCACUUGCGGCAAUCUGAAUUCAUAUACCCGUUAUCAGGUUACCAAGGCAAUACACCACCACUUUCCUUGUCAAAAGAGUGGCAGGUGGUGAAGGACUUCCAGGAGUUGGUAAAGCAAGAGAAUCCCUCUGGGCUCAAUGCUUCUUAUGGCGACGACAAAUUCCUCGAGAUUGAACUAUCCCAGUUCUUCAUCUAUUUGCCAGGAACGAACGGCCACCACGCGUAUGAGAUGACUGGUCUGCAGGACCUGAUAACUCGACCAGGAAACCCAUUGUACUGUUUUGAUGGUAUAUUGAGUGUUGGAGGACAGAAGAGAUAUGUGCAGGGCGUGCCAUUCAAGCUUGUUUCGGUUGCGGGGUAUGGGAUAGAAUUCGACGAGGUCGAACACGUAUGGAUUAAGUCAUGCGCAAACUCCAGAUCAAAUGUCUAUUACCGACUGAAAGAACCCCAUCCACACUAUAAGAGAUAUCACGAUGGGUACUUGUGGCUGGCCAAUCUUUCGAAACACUUUGUCGACUACGCUCUGGAGGUUGCUGAGGCGGGCCGUAAAGUGUCUAUCCACAACUUCAGACGAGAUUUUGCAGAUCGGAUGGGAAAAGAACACCGAGAGUCAGCCUCAUUCCAAGAGUGGUUGAAAAAAUACAAUGGUCGAGAUUUCCGGUCGGCGCUCACAUCUAACAUUGAUUUCAUCGCCAAAGACGCCAUAGGAACAUAUAUGUUGGACGACUUGGACAUAUGGGCUGAGGUAAAAUACAAGACAGCCAUUCCGUUUCACGAGCCGAAGGAAACGAUGACAGCCGUCACCCCGUAUGUGUAUGACUGCUUUGAGCACAUGAAAUUCGGCAGUCACCUGAAGAAGGUCCAUCCAUCCAUUCAAAGCCAGAUUCGCCGCGAGUCCCAAGGAAAUGCUCUACAUCUCACCUUAGAUGCGGAGUUCACUGAAGAGAACCCCGACUUGCAAACUCAAACGAGCAUCACUCCGGCUGCCAAGUCUCGCAAAGUGAAAGGGUCAUUACAACAGUUCUGUUCGCGGCCAUUCGAUGUUAAAUCUAUUUCGGUUGGCGAUGUCCUCGGAGUGAAGACAGAUGGAGUUGGUAGCAGCUGGAAAGAUGAGGAAACUCACUGGAAAGAACCAGAUGAGUGCUGGUAUGUCUAUGUGCAAGGGGUUCACACCACCCAGAGCGGAAACCGGUCAUUCCAUGUUCUUUGGCUAUAUAGGCCAGCGGAUACAGCUUGCGCGCUUAUGAAGUACCCCCACGGCGAUGAGCUCUUUCUUUCCGAUAAUUGCAGUUGCAGCACUUCUCGAAUAUCCGAGGAUGAAGUGCUCUGCAAGGUCUCUGUAGCCUGGGAUGGCAACCCAGGCCAAACCGAAGCGGACUUCUUUAUUCGGCAAACCUAUGAGAGCGAUAAUUCGUUUGUUACGUUUAAGGAAGAGCACAAACUAUGCGAUCAUUUGGUCGUCAAUGUUACCACCCCGAUACAAAAACUUGCAGAGCAAUACAAAAUUGGCGACACUGUCCUUGUUAAUCCCAAAGGGUGCUUCAAGUCAAACUUUGGUCUCGAGCCAUGUGAGAUUAUAGGGUUUGUGCAAGGGAUAAUAAGUUUUGUGAGAGUCCGGAGGCUGCUCCGGCGCCGUGAGAUCGGAGAUGAUACUCCUGCAAGACCAAACGAACUGGUAUAUAGUGACGAUAUGGCCAGCAUUGAUGCCGACGAAGUUUAUCGUCGGUGCUUCGUGCGCUUUUACAGCCAGAGCCAAAUCAUAAAUAAAGAGGUCCCUGCCCCUUACUGUCGUGAUGGCACUGGCGAUAUGUUCUAUAUCGCAAGUCGUCUAGUGAGGCUAGAUGAUAAAAAUCAUUUGAAAGAGAUCGACUCGACCAGCCGCCCACAAUCACUAAUCCAAGGUUUUGAUCCUACGCAGCCUCCACCAUUUCGACGCUUGCGUGGGCUGGAUAUGUUCUGUGGCGGAGGAAAUUUUGGCAGGGGCCUUGAAGAAGCAGGGGCUAUCAAGUUUACCCAUGCAGUCGAUAUGGCACCAAAUGCGAUUGCCACCUAUUACGCCAACACCGAAGAUCCAACGACAACCCAAUUCUUCUGUGGCUCUGUUGACGACAUGCUUAUCAAAGCCUUGAGUGGUAAUGUCGAAGGAGCACUUGAGAUACCAUUACCCGGAGACAUCGAUUUCAUAGCAGCAGGAAGCCCCUGUGUCGGAUAUUCAAUCCUCAACCCCAACAAAGACUCGGCUCAGGGCCUAAAAAACCAAUCCCUCAUUGCUGAUGUGGCAUCGAUGAUUGAUUUUUACCGACCCAAAUACGCAUUGUUGGAAAAUGUAUUAACAAUGGCGCAGAAAGGCAAGGGAAGAAAUCAUGAUUCCCUGUCCCAGCUCAUUUGCUGUAUUGUUGGGAUGGGAUAUCAGCUCCAGGUCUACGUUCUGGAUGCAUGGAGCUUCGGCAGUCCACAGGGUAGAAGCCGUCUUUUCGUCUCUGUUGCAGCCCCUGGAUUUAAGCUGCCACCACGUCCCGACUGUUCCCAUUCUCACCCGAAUGGCACAAGUGAUCGUGGUUUAGGGACAAUGGCGAAUGGAAAGGCCUUUGGUGAAAGGUUAUUCGUGGAAACUCCGUUCAAGUUUGUUUCUGCGGCCGAAGCUACCGAGCACCUACCAGACAUCGGUGAUGGUCACCCAGGCCACUGCUCCCAGUAUCCAGACCACCGCCCGUCGAGAAGUCCAAGAGAUACGCUAAGACAACACAUGAAUAUCAUCCCCUUCAGCCCCCCCGGUAUGAACUUCAUCAAAACAUGGAAGAACCGACAUAUCACCGGCAUGACCAAGCACGACUACGAAAAUUUCAAUACCGUCACGAAGAAAGGGAAGCAGCGACAUAAUGCAAUGGAAUUUUCUAGAGCUUACGGCCGCAUAGUUCCCACCUCCCUGUUUUCGACUAUUGUCACCAACUGCUCUCCCGAAAAUGCCCGCUCUGGCCGCGUCCUCCAUUGGAGCCAGCCGCGCCUGCUUACCAUUGAGGAAGCGAAAAUAGCACAGGGGUUUGUGCAGGGGGACGCCUUGACUGGCACGCGUGGCGAGCAGUAUAAAAUUGCUGGUAAUAGCGUUGCGCGCACUGUUGCACUGGCUCAGGGUCUUUCUUACAGAGAAGUUUGGCUUAAAAAUGGUCCUGAAGAAGAUGAUACGGGUGAAGUUCCUGUUGCUGAACAGAUUCAGAAGCAACUCUUUGCCGACAUGAUCACAUCUGAUGACCGAGGCGAAUUUACGGCCAUACCUGACUCAAACUCUUCCUCUGGGGAUGUAUCUGAAGAUCGAUACUGCCGAGCGUUGGACAAACUUAAGCUCAGCUCUCCUGCGAAAACAGACGACGACAUUUCAUCACUGAGCAGCUCUACUUCCGGGGCUCCCCAAACUACUCGCAAGCGCCACAAAACGCAAAAUGACAUCCCAAUCAGCCCAACAAACCCACCUCCUUCCCUACCAAAAUCCCGCUUUCCACCCACCGUCGCAGCGCGUCUCGGUGUUGACGUUGCUGCUGUACGUGCCGAGCACGCGAUGGAGCAAGCCGCGAAACGGAAGGCUGAGCGAGUCGCAAGUGCAUCGCGGUUUUCGAUACGGAAUGCUAUAGAGGACGCGUUUGGGGCCGAAGGGGAUAGUUCGCAGGAGGGGAAGGUAUCCAAGGCUAAGCGCACGCCGUUACCGGUGAGAGCGCCGGCGAGGGCUACGGUGGUGGGGGAGAGCUCGCCGCUAUCAGCGAGGAGAAGAAAGAAAAUCGCUUGGUUGAAAGAUCGUAUGGGAUCGACUGUGGAGGGUAGAAAACGCCCGGAUGAAGCUUUCAACUUGUGGCCAACUCCACAGGUUACAAAAAGGGGAAAUAUACGGGGGCAGAUACAAAGUACGGCUGGGAGCACUUUGCAACCAGCAAAGGCACAGGGCGGCGCCUCUGACGAGCAGAUGUCUAAGAAGCGGAAGACAACGGCUAGUGAUACUGCUUCUCCGAGCAUGCCUCAAACUGGAAUACAAACAGCAAAGACACCGGCCAGCACAUCCGAAGAACAGAGCCCUAAAAGGAGGAGGACAGCCGCUAGUAGUACUAGUAAUACUGCCACUGCGGGAGCAUCGCACAGCCAAACACAUACAGCAAGGCGAAGACCACCGAAGUCAAAAACCCAGUUUGUGAUCGACCUAACGGGGGACAGCGACGUAGAGAGGAGGGGAGACCGACGGGUAUAUGUACCAGUUGAUAACUCGAUGUUUGGGGCUUAUGAGAUGACGUAUAAUUCAUCUAUGGUGGGGAUGCGGGACCCGGCGGUUGUGGUGGAUGGUGUGAAUGGGCCGUUUGCGUAUUGAGAGUUUGAUUGUAGGGUGUUUUCGAAAAUCAUGUGCGGUGGUGGAUAUACCAAGGAAGAGAAGAGCUGGAGGAAGGGUCAAGUUAGGAAUGAAAUAUACUCUGAGAGUCGCCAUCGCCACAAGUCUAUCUCUCUCGCAUUUCUAUCCCCCUUCCCACCAUCUAUUCACCUAUCCAUCCUUAUCACGCCGCCUCCACCGCCCCCUCUCCCCUCCUCCCCUUCCAAAACCCCCUCACAGCCUCCC